AUGCGAAUUCCGAUCAACCACCGAUUCCGAACCCUCAUCACACAUUACUCCUCCGGUUCCCGCCACGUCUCCACCUGCCGAGCCGUUCUCCUCACCUCCUUCGGCGGAACUCAUAACCUCCACAUUCAACCCGACGUUGAAGUCCCUCCUCUCAAACCUCACGAAGUCCUCGUCCGCUCUCGCGCUGUUUCUGUCAAUCCUCUAGACACUCGAAUGCGUGCUGGUUAUGGCCGUUCAAUCUUUGAGCCGCUUCUGCCUUUGAUUUUGGGCCGUGAUGUAAGCGGCGAGGUGGCGGCGGUUGGGGAUUCGGUCAAGUCGGUGAGUGUUGGACAGCAGGUUUUUGGGGCUUUGCAUCCGACUGCUAUUAGAGGGACUUAUGCUGACUAUGCAAUUCUUUCUCAAGAUGAGGUUACUGUAAAACCAGAUUCACUUUCUCAUGUGGAAGCAAGUGCCAUUCCUUUUGCUGCAUUGACAGCUUGGCGUGCUCUGAGUGGUACUGCUAGAAUAACUGAAGGUCAAAGGAUAUUAGUAGUGGGAGGUGGAGGAGCUGUAGGGUUUACUGCUAUUCAGAUUGCAGUAGCGGCUGGUUGCUCGGUCACAACUACUUGUGGACCUCAAAGCGUUGAGCGAAUGUUAGCAGCUGGUGCUGAGCAAGCUGUUGAUUAUCUUUCUGAGGGUUAUGAAUUGGCUAUAAAGGGAAAGUUUGAUGCUGUCUUGGACACAAUUGGUGAGCCAGAGACAGAACAUAUGAGCAUUGAUUUUCUGAAAAAAGGCGGAUAUUAUAUGACACUUCAGGGUGAAGCAGCUUCAUUGUCUGAUACCUUUGGUCUGGCUCUUGGGCUUCCUGCAGCCACAGCUUUUUUAUGGAAAAAACAGCUUGAAUACAGACUUGUAAAUGAAAUAGAAUACUCGUGGGUAUUCAUGAGGGCUGACUUAGACGGUUUGAUUGAGAUUCGAAAGCUAUGUGAAGCAGGGAAGAUGAAGAUACCUGUUGAUAAAACGUUUCCCAUAACGCAAGUAAAAGAAGCUCACGAUGCAAAAGACAGGAGAAUCAUUCAAGGUAAAGUGGUGCUAGAAUUUGAUUGA